GCAGCGUGAAUCCUCUCACUCCCGCCGGCCUAAUUUCAGGGUCCUCUGAGAAAAAUCCCAUCUUUAUCUGUCAUACACGUUCAUUCCCCUCCGCGCCCUCUCAUAAAAGGGGAAAUGUGAAGGUCUGUCUGUGCUAGUUCCUCCCUGGGGAACCAGCGGUCUUCGCUGGGUUCCUGGUAGGCAAACCUGACUUUGUAAUGCCUCUGUGGUCUCCCUCUGCGGCCUGUACGGAACACAUCUUUGGCCACUAUUCUGUCUACAUCAGAACCUCCGUCCAUAUCUGGUGGGAUCAUGGAGCUGCGAGAGGGAAACUGAUCGUUCGUGACACAGGGAAGCAAACUUACAUAUGGGGAAUAUCGGGUAUGUGUGCAGAUGAAGAGGAGGAGGAGGAGGAAGAAGAGGAGGAGGAGGAGGAAGAAGAGGAGGAGGAGGAGGAAGAAGAGGAGGAGGAGGAGGAGGACGAAGAGGAAGAAGAGGAGGAGGAGGAGAAGAGGAAGACGAAGAGGAAGAAGAAGAAGACGACGAAGAGGAAGAAGAAGACGACGAAGAGGAAGAAGAAGGAAGAUGAAGACGAAGAAGAGAAGGAGGAGGAGAAGAGGAAGACGAAGAGGAAGAAGAAGACGACGACGAAGAGGAAGAAGAAGACGACGACGGCGAGGACGACGAGGACGACCAAGAAGACGACGACCAAGACGACGACGACGACGACGAUGACGACGACGACGACGACGAAGAAGAAGAAGAAGAAGAAGAAGAAGAAGAAGGCGAAGACGACGACGACGACGAAGAAGAAGAAGAAGAAGAAGAAGAAGAAGAAGAAGAAGAAGAAGACGACGGCGAAGAAGAAGAAGAAGAAGAAGAAGAAGGAGGAGGAGGAGGAGGAGGAGGAGGAGGAGGAAGAGGAGGAAGAGGAGGAAGAAGAAGAAGAAGAAGAAGAAGAAGAAGAGGAAGGAGGAGGAGGAGGAGAAGAAGAAGGAGAAGGAGAAGAAGAAGGAGAAGAAGAAGAAGAAGAAGAAGAAGAAGAAGAUGGAGAAGAAGAUUACAGAGUGGGUUGCUGGUCUACCCCUGGGAGAAGAAGAGGAGGCACUAAUGUCAAGGAACAGCAAGAAGCUGCCGCAGCCGAAAGACUACGGCUAGCAGAGCAAGCUGCAGCACAAACCCGGCGUCAAGCCGAGGCAGACCGGUUGGCGAUCGAUCAGCUCAACGCCGGCAGCGCUGAACGUGUAAGUGCUAACCAAGCACAAUGGACAGCGGUGCUGAACGGGAUGCGUUAUGUCCCGGUACCCGGCAGCGAGCCGACAACAGUACAGCAGGAGAGGCAAGACCUGGCAGAUAUUCUACUCCAUACAAUGCGCGCCGUCAUUUGGAAAAGCACCAUGGGGGAGCUGCAUUCCCAGUCCACACUGCAGCUGCAGCACGAUCUGAGCCACAACGUGAAGAUACUUGCAGCAGCUGUCAAGGUCGCAGACAACCAGCUGAAACAGCUAGAUGCGCGCAUUGCUACCUUGGAGGCAAGGCCUCCCCAAGCAGCGCCAGGCUGCACGACAGAGAUGACAGAUACGACGAAGCAGCUCAAUGGGCGCAUCGAUCAUGUCGUCAAUCUCAUCGGCGACAUAGGUGUUAUCAAUGGGCCGGACACGAUCAGUAGCACGGUGGCCGCCAUCAAGACGGACAUCACCAAGCUGCAGACGAAACCGGACGACGCCACGAAGAAUUCGACGACCACAACAAGACGGACGCUUUGGCAUGGUGGCAACGUUUCCUCACGGAAGCAUCAUGCCGCACUGUCCCGGCCGACGACAUGAUGAAGGCGCUAUACUUACAACUGAUUGGAGGAGCGCAGGCAUGGAUGAACCAUCUGGCGACUACCCACAAAUGCACCAUCGCCGAACUCCACACGCACCUCACGUGAAAAGAGUUCGAGAAGCUAUGGUUCACCUGGUUCAUGGUCCGCAACGUCGUGAAGGCGGCCAUGAAUGAGGUGUACACCUGCUCUCAAGGGAGUAUGCCAACUCGAGACUGGACAACCAAGUGGCAGAAGAUAGUGACCACGCCAGGCUUCGAUUUGAGUUUUCCUAAUCAACGAUCUGAGUUCUU